CCCCAUCCACAACAGAAACCCCAAACAGCUUUUCCAAAUGAGUGACACAGCCCGUGUCCAUUCAUCGCCUCACUCCGGCGAAGGGUUUCUGAACAGCCCAGACCUCCUCAGCCAAUUGCUGCCAGCAACAUGUGGAGGGGAGGCAUCGCUAUAGCAACCGGUGGAUGGGCCAUGUGCGGCAGCCGGCAGGGGCUGCCAGCCGCCCGAUAUAAGGAGGGCAGCGCCGGGGCGCGCCGGCAUCCUCCACCCGCGCCCGCGCCCCGCGGGGACCGCCGGGGGCCGCCGGCUCCCCCCGCCCCGCCGAGCCGAGCCGUGCCGAGCCGAGCCGCGCCGGGAGGCGGCUGCGGGCUGCGAGGAGCGCUUGUGCCUGCCGCCGCCUUUGUCUCCGCUGAGGAGGGGAGUGGGGGGGGCCGGGGGCUGGGAGGCGGGGGGGGGGGGGAGUUUUGGCACCGGAGGAGGAUUGCUAGAGCCCGCCGAGGUGCGCUGAGCCCUCCCAGGGAGGAGCCCGUCCCGGCACGCCGGCUGCGGCGCCAUGGCAGCAGGAAGCCAGAAGAAAGUAUCUACUGUUGAUCAAGGGAUCUUUGAACUCACUGAAUUCUUGAUUGUAUUCAGUCAUUGUUCGUGGUAUUAAUCCUACUAAGAGGUAUAGAGACGCUCCAGAGUGCUUUGUGGUGUUGAAGGUUGCGGAAAGAUCAUUGUACCCCUACAGAUGAAUAGAUCUGUGGCUCUUGCAGUGACCUUUCUCAGUGAUUUGAAUAAGCUGCAGUUCCCAGAAAUCCAUCUGCCUUUUGUGUUUGUCGAUUUGUCUAAUCUUUCCGACCCCUAAAAGAAGCAAAAAGUACCUUCCCAUCCGAUUUCAUCCUCCCGAGUAAAAGCGUUAAAUUGACCUCAUUUCAGGUGAUGAACUGACAUUUGCUGAAAGUGAUCCUGGCAUCAGGCGAGCUUUCCCGGGGCGGGGGGGCUGGGGGUGGUGGUGUAAAGAGGAAGGCAGAGGAUAGCUGCCCCAGAAAUCUCUUACUAACUCUAAAAGUAGUACCUUAAAACACCAACAAGUAGCCCGGACCAUACAGCCCAGGAGUGCGGUGCUGAACACGAGGAACAUUAUGUGCACUGAAGGUGAACAUCCCCAGGCCCUGCUGCCCCAGUCCAACCUGACUGGGAGCGCAAAGCAGGGGAGGAGAAGCAGGAACCAAAACCGAGGGAGACGCUGCUUUCCCUUCUGUUUGCUUUCUUAUUUUGCUAAAGGAAAAAAAUCUUAUCUGUAGGUUUCCUGGGAACAGAUUAGGGUAGCCAGGCUCCUCCUGAUGUGAAGUGUUUCCCUGGUUUUCUAGUAACCUAUCAAAACUUAACCAGCAUAGUGUAUCUCAACCUGUGUCUCAGAUAACCUUACAAGGGGAAAUUACUACAAGUGAAUUUAAGUUUAGAUUUAUUUAGGUGAGCAGACAUACACAGACAUAAUAUGAAUACAUAUUAUAUAUAUCUCUCUCUCUCUCUCUCCAUACACACCUACACACAUCCCUUUCUUCAUGCUUUCUAUAUUAAGGAAAUAAUACACGUAUCCUUUAUGGUUUGUUUUAAUGUCAGUAGCUGCAACUAUCAGCAAAGGAUCCUGUUAAAAAAAAAAGCCCAAUGAACUAAAACUUAUUUUAGUGAAGUUUGUGUUUAAGAAUAAUGAUUUUCUUGUAGAAUUCUUUUCUUCUGCCUAGGCACUUUUUUCACUCCUUGAAUGGCAGAUUUGCAAGUACAAUUUCAUCUGCACAGAGGAACAAUAGCUUUCAGUUGCACAAAGGAUUUCUCCCACCCUGAAUCCAAACCACAAUGCCUCUUGCUCUGAUAAUAGCUUCUGAAAAGAUUUUGUAAUGCACAGAAUUAAUACAUGAUUAUUUCCGCCUCACUUCUCUCAUUUAUUAGAUUCUAUAGUGAAUUCCAAAUUAAAAAUAGCACCUCUUGAGUUUUUUAAUGUUCUAAUAUUUUGAAACAAAUCAUAUUCUGAAGUUCCUCUUUUUGGCCCUGUUUACUAAGAAAUCUGCAUUUUUUAAUUAUUGCUCCGAAACAAAACUGUGUAAUAUAAAUGUAAAAAUCAAGGCAUGCAAAAAAUUGGAAAAAAUUAUAAGGUCACAUUGUUUUAAAAUGAAUUGUAGUGCUUUUUCCUUUGCAAACUGGAAGAGAGGUUGGGUGCAGUAACCGGCAAACUGGGUUUUAAAUCAGGAGUAUCUUUUUAAAUUUAUGAAGCAAAACAAAACCUCAACUUCAGUUAGAGUUUUGCUUUCACAAGGACCAGAAUCGGGCCCUGUGUCCUAAAGGAAAUAAUGAAGUGUAAUUCUGCUGAGACAUCUGGAAGGUGAGCUUUCACAUCACUGCAUGGGGAGCUCCUCUCUGCUCUUACAAAGACUUUCUCCCACACUUCCAACAUAGGUGUGAGAACUUAUUUACAUGAAAGCGUACAUUAAAUAUUUACUGACAUUUGCCUGGAAUUCGUUUGAAAUGUCGGCUGUUCUGCUGCAUCAUGGGAUGACACCGCGGAACGGGACGCUGCUCUUUGAUUAGAACAGUGAUUUGUGACUCCAGCAUUGUGGCUGCUCUAGUUACUGACUCACUUUUGGGUGUAUAUAAAAUGCGUUGUCGAGGGACUGGGAAAGCCUACAUGAGAUCAGAUCCUAAGCAUUUUUUCUUCCCUCUUAAAAAGAAAAAAACAAAGAAACAACCACAAGCCCUCACAGAAGUGGUGUACUUCAAGCAAACACUGUUGAGUCUAAGUGGUAGGUGUAAUGUUGUUCUGAGACAGGGUAACUCUUUGCCUUCUAGCAUUUAAGCUCAGGCCGGGCCGUUUCAAAGUGAGUAAAGACUGGCUGAACGUCUCCAAAGCCUCCGUAUUUAGAGUCACUGCCUAAGCCAUCCAUUUAGGAAUUAGUUGUUUUUCCUUCACUGGGACUCUGUGAUACUACACAAUUUUCCAAGGAGAAAAUCAUUCAGAGGAAUGUCAAUAUAUUCUGUUAUAUAAAGUUUAAAAAAUGCAUAGUUACAUGUAGCUGAGUUUAA